UUUCUCUCAUUGUGAUCAACAAUAAGUUACACGUAUAUGUAAUGAUUUUUUAAAAUACAAAAUUGAAGAAAAAAAACUGAUAAUAUUUCACUGACAUGAACUUGAUGUAAUUUAGACACUUCUACUUAAUUACACUGCCGAUUUUUACAGCUAUAAGCUGCAUCGAAACAGAUAGGUACCUAUAUUCUCCAUCACAGAUCUGGUAAUCCUACAUAUAAACCAUUAUCUUUCUCUCUACCGCUAUCUCACACCUCUUAUAUCUACGUACCUUAAAAAAUUUAGAGAAAUUGUCAUUGUAAAAUAAUCACACAUUUGUGUAUUUAGUUGCAAGGUUGACACCAAUCAUAAUUGUUUCAUUUGAUGAUAAACUUAUUCGCAGGAUAGGUUUCGAUUAUCUACUCUGACAAAAAUGAUAUUUCCAACAUUCAGGAUUCCUAAAAGGUACAUAAUCGUGACGAUGGUUUUUAUCGGGUACGCGAAUAUGCUUUAUUUACAUUCUAAUUUAGGUAUGGCGGUAGUGGAGAUGACCUCAGUGAAAAAAAUCACUAUCCAAAACGUAACCACAGAAAAGGAAGCAGAUUUUCAUUGGAGUUCGCACGAGAAAGGAAUCAUAUUGAGUAGUUUCUCCUAUGGUAGGUUGUUCAGUCCCAUAGGAGGUAUUCUGGCGGGAAAAUUCGGAGGCAGCACGAUUUACAGUCUUGGUAUUCUGGUAACAUCGCUGGUCACCUUCUUCAGUCCAGUUUUCUUGCAUAUUCAUUUCAAUGUAUUCGUUAUCACUAAUAUGAUUCUUGGCGCAUUCGAGACAUUUUCGUAUUCAAGCAUCACGCAGAUAUUCUCACGCUGGGCCCCUCCUGAUGAGCGCACCAAGUUCGUAUCGUUUAGCGUCGUUGGGGCAAAUCUCGGAUCUGGAAUAUCUUUCGUGAUUUCUGGAUGGAUAUUAAGUUAUUGGAAUUGGGAAGCUUUGUUUUAUAUCAGCGGAGCGGUUUCAUUCCUAUGGUAUUUAAUAUGGUUAUUUGUGGUUAAAAAUGAUCCCUCGGAAGAUACUCGAAUGAGCGAAAAAGAGAAAAACUACAUCAAAGAAAAGGUCAACUGUAACUACAUCAAUGAAAAGCUGAAGUACCCAUGGAGGAAAAUUCUCACUUGCUGGCCAUUCUGGGUAGCCUGCUUGAUUAAAUUUUCCAUUGGAUCGUAUCAAACUAUCACAUUUAUGUAUAUUCCACAAUAUCUCAAAGAUACCAAUAACAUAGAUAUCAAGAAAAUCGGCUUCAUUUCAAUGAUACCGCAAAUGUGCGCGAUUAUUUCGGCUCCAGUCAGCGGAUUACUCGGCGAUUACAUUAGGUCCCAUAAACUUCUUUCUGUUACAACCAUUCACAAGCUCUUCAUAAGCAUUGGCACGUUUAGCAGCGCUCUCGCCUUGAUGUCUUUGGUACUAUGGUCCAACUUGACGACUGCGAUAGUUGCCCUAUCAGUAAUACAAUUUUGCGGCACCUACACAGUGACGUCCAUUUUAGUAUUAUUCCUCGAUCUCACACCAAAAUACGCAUCUCUUUUGAAUUCUAUAGCCAACGUGUUUUUCACUGGUUCUGCAAUAUUUACUCCAAUUUUAAUUGGAUUUAUUGUCACUUCACAUAGCCUUCACCAAUGGAAUAUUUGCUUCAUAGCUUUGAGUUGCGAAUGCUUAAUUUUUGGAAUACUCUAUUUGAUAUUCGGAUCAGCAAAGCAGCGAUCCUGGGCUAACUACAAUCCGAACAAGAACAAGUCAAUCGAGCACUCAAACCAAGAAAAGUCAUGAGCUCUCCAUCCGAUUGCAUUCUUGUACAUAUCUUUUGAUAACCAAAGAAAAACUUCUUUCUCGCUUGUUUCUGAAGAACUCUCAGGGUGGCUGGUGAAUGGAUGUCAAAACUUCAGAUUUGGAUAUAACCGGGUACCAUUUGAAAAAGAUGUGCAUGGAUAAGUUGCCUAUCUUUGAAAUUCAAGGGGCAACAGAGCUUUGAAAAAAAGUUAAGAAAAACGUAUUUUUGACCUUGGGGAAUGGGUAAGUAGUAGUUUCGAAAAUAAACAAAUUUUGUCAUUAUGGGGUCAGCCAGAAACAUUUUAAAAUUUUUCUUUUAAAAUCUUUUUAGCCCCUUCAAUUUCAAUGUUAGGCAAAAAUUCAUAAUGACACAAUUUGUUCAUUUUUCAAAGUACCAUCCAUCCCUAAAUCAAAAAUACGUUUUUCUCAAUUUUUUCAAAGCUCUGUUGCCCCUUACAUUUAAAAGAUGGGCAACUUGUCCAUAAUACAUACGAUAACGUUUUUUUGAAGUCAUAACCAGUUAUAUUCAAAUCUGAAGUUUUGACAUCCACUCACCAGACACCCUGCAUGUAAGUAGGUACCUACCUACUAAAUUACACAUGAAUGUCCACAUUGCUUCAACAAUAAUUUAUAUUAUAUAAAUUCCAUCAUGCAUCCAACUGAUGAAGAUUAUCUCAAUAAAAUGCACAAUGAAGGUCGAAAUUUGAUUGGUAUUUGUUCUUGAGUUACUAUUUACACAUCGACUUUUAAGAACAAAACCGAUGAACUGCUAUAAAUACUUACACAUUAAACCAUAAACUCGCACGAUUAAGAAAGCCACUAAUCCACAGUACCUACUCGUACGUCGUGAGGAGAAAAUCUUUAUGAUCAGUCAGAAACAAUAAAUUGCUAAAAAUAUAAUAAUAAAAUUUUCAAAAUUGAAUAAGUAGGUACCUACUUUCUGGGAUUUUACGAACUUUUGAAAAUUUAGAAAAAUCAUUGAACCGCCUUCCAGGUGACCCACCUCAAAAGUUUUUUUCCAUCUUGAAAAAUGCACCAAUCACAGGUAAAAAGAAUUGAAGAUUUUAAAUUUCUGUGAUAUUGAAAAUUUACUCGUAAUACUUGGGCAUACCUAUAUAUCAACUUGAUAUUGGUAUAAAGAUGAAUUUUGGCCGUGUGAGUGACUCGGAAAGCGAAUCAGGGGUUCCCAAAUUGGCAGGAAUCAAUUCUUUUGUAAAAAUUGAAAAACAUAAAAAAAUUAUAAGGGGCCAAAUUCGGGUUUAUGAUGCAGGUAUAGUUGGAAGUCUUUUACAAUAUUUUGCGAGAAACAUUUUUUUGGCCAAAAUUAAUCAUUUUGGGCCCAAAAACCCAUGAAAAAGUAAGUUUUUUGCAUUUUUUAUAAACAUUUUCCACCCUUACAAAAAAUUCUGCUACCAGGAGUGUUGUUUGAAAGCUAAAAAUAUACGUGUUUUGCCCAGAUGAGGACAUGCUUGAAGAAUUUCAAAAAAUGCCCAUAAAUAAACUUUUAGUGUCCAACACCCCUGCAAGUUUGAAAAUAAUUGGUUGAAAACUUCCGAAGAUGGAAAUUUUUAACCGACUCCUUUUAAAGAGGUUAAAGGUGAUUUGGCCAUCUAGGAAAUAUUUCGAUCAAAUUUACUUAAUUAUGAUAAGCAAACAACUCACUGCACAUGUCAUUAUUUAUUGAAAAUACGCGAUUUAUUUUUAUUCACCUUUAUGUAGGUACCUACUCGAAAAAACUUCUCUAGACCACUGUUCCUCGGGAAUAAGCCACUAACCCUAAAAUACCAAAGUUAUACUGUCUACCAAAGAUCCACAAGCCAAACAAUCCAAUGAGACCAAUAGUAUCCAACAUAGAUGCACCCACAUACCAGAUUGCCAAACAACUUGUCACUGAAUUACAAGCCAUUAAUCAGCCUGUCACAUACCAAAUAAGGAAUAAUGAAGAGCUAGUGGAGAAACUGAAAAAUACCCAGAUAAUACCUACAGAUAGACUCAUCUCCUUUGAUGUCACCAACUUAUUCCUCAGUGUACCCAUACCAGAAACCUUGGCCAUAAUGAAAGACUGGCUCCAAAAAGAGAAAGUUUCCCAAGAAAGGAUUGCUGAACUCAUGAACCUCACAGAACUAUGCAUGAAACAAACCAUCUUCCAAUACAGUGGAAAAUUCUACCAACAAACAGGAGGAACAGCAAUGGGGAACCCCUUGUCACCAUUCAUGGCAGACAUUUUCAUGGGCCACUUGGAAACCAAACUGAAGGAAAUAGAAAAAGACUUCCCUAAGAUUUGGUUCAGAUAUGUUGAUGACAUCUUCAGCAUUGUACCAGAGGACUUCAACAUAAAUGGUUUCCUUGAGACCAUGAACAAACAAUAUGCAACCAUCAAGUUCACCUAUGAAUAUGAAAACAACCAACAACUGCCAUUCUUGGACAUCCUAAUCACCAGAAAAGACAACAAAUUGGAAUAUGACAUCUACAGGAAGCCUACUCACACCAACAACUACAUUCCUGCUGACUCUUACCAGCCCUGGAGCCAAAAACUGGCUGAUUUUAACAGCAUGGUCCAUAGAUGUUGUGCACUACCCCUGAGCCCAGGAAAUAGAAAGAGAGAAUUUGACCACAUUAAAAGAGUAGCCAACAAUCUGGGAUACAAGACUAGAACCAUAGACACCCUCAUCAAAAACCAUAUAAGCAAACAAAGAUUGAAAGAGAUUACCACAUUCCAAAGAGAUAAACCAGACAAUAGAAGAAUCAAGUUGACCUACUAUCCAGUCAUAACCAACAAACUUUGUCAGAUCUUCAGGAAAAAUGAUUUAGAACCUGUCACAACUAAUCAACAUAAACUGAAAACCCUACUGGGAAGCCUCAAGGACAAGGACCCAAAAACUGAUCAAUCUGGAAUUUAUAAGAUCACAUGCUCUGGCUGUGACAAACUUUACAUAGGACAGACUAAGAGAAACAUCAUAACCAGAUACAAGGAACAUAUGCACAAAGCUAGAUACAAUAUUGAAGGAAACUCAGCAAUAGGAGACCACAUUAUAGCAACUGGACACACAAUAACUGAACUCAACUUGACCCUAGAAAAACCAGUUGCCAGAAUAUCAGAACUACCAAUUAGGGAAGCAAUAGCCAUGCACAAAAACAAUAGAGAAAAACUCCUCAAUGAUGACUUGGGACCUUUGGACAUUGACCUGCUCAAAUGCCUACAUGGAACCAGUCACAUACACAUUCCAAGAAACAGACACACCCAUCCUGGUAGUGACCACACCCAAGUUUUAGGACCAAUCACAACACGGAGAAACUGACACACCCAAAGGAGUGACCACACCCAACCUUUACUUUAAGAUGCACACUUUGUAUUUGUUCAUUAAGUGCUCUUGCCUGAUGAUGAAAAGUUGUACUUUUUGAAAAGAUCUUUGCAAUAAAAAGCAUUAAAAAUAA